UGGCCUGUGAGUGGGGAGGACCGGGCAGCAGGACUGUAAUGCUGAGCGCAACGUGAUUGUAGGGCUGAGUGGCGUUUCGCUCGGAGCUCUGCAGGCAUGACCGCUUGGCCACCCUGUCUACUCUCCUCCUCCUCCUCCUGCUCCUCCUGCUCCUGCUCCUCUGCUGGAGCCGAGGAGCUCUAACUAAACCCCCCCCAUACCACACCAGCCGCCCGGAUCACUAUUGACAGGAUUAUAACGCGUCGAAAGAGGGGUGGGAGGCUGGAAUUAUGAAGCGCUGGCACCAUGUCUAAGGCCACGGUGAAGAAGCUCCACUGGCGCUCCAAAGUGCAGGAAAGCUUCGUCCCUCUGGGCGGGGCCUCAGGAGAGCUGGGUGUGGCCAUCGGGGGCGGAGCUGACUACGGCGAGUUCCCAUUUGUCACAGCAGCCCCUGGGGGUGGAGCCACGGUGGGUGACAUCAUUCUGGAGAUCGGCGGCACGCCUGUCCUCGGGAUGACACUGGGAGAUGUCAGAGGGGUUUUGAACUCGUGUCCCCACCCCAUCCGCAUCAAAACAGUCUCACCAGGCUCCACUCUGUGUAAGGACCUGAGGUUAUAUUUGAGCAAGUGCUUCACACCUGGAUCCAUGGACAGCCAACUCCAGCAGGUCAUUAGAGAGAACCUUUACCUGCGGGCAGUGCCCUGUACCACCAGGCAGCCGCGGGACGGGGAGAUCUCGGGGGUGGACUACAACUUCGUCUCCAUCGAGGAGUUCUUCUCGCUGGAGGAGUCGGGGGCUCUCCUGGAGAGUGGCAAGUUCAAAGGGAACUACUAUGGGACACCGCGGCCGGUCCACAUUGGCCCCGAAAGCCCACCCAUCACCUACCAGGAGCAUCGCAACCUGCUGAGGAAUUUCCGCACACGAAGCAAGUCCCUCAGCAACCUGGAGAAGGCUGUGGAGGAGGGGGACAACAGUGAGGAAGACUCAGGUCUCUCAGCGGGAUCAGCAGGGGCGAGCAGCGCCCCACCCACUACAAUCGUCUCCCCCAAUCAGACCUGGGACUCUGGCGGAGCUCGGGACGGGGGUGUUGCCGUGGAGAACGGAGCCCGCGGGGGGGCACUGCCUGAAAACUGGGAGAUGGCAUUCAGUGACUCAGGAGAACCCUACUACAUCGACCAUAACUCAAAGACGACGAGUUGGCUGGACCCACGAACACACGGCAAGGAGAUCGUCAGCAAGACAGAGUUGCCUCCAUUCACAGACCAGCCAUCUGAACUGAAGGGCUAUUCCAUACACACACGCCUGUCCAAAGGCCCGCGGGGAUUUGGCUUUAACAUCGUGGGGGGCAGCCGACCCAGAGAGUUCCUGCAGGUGUACAGUGUUACACCUGGAGGACCACCUGCACUUAACACAGCGGACAUCCUGGUAUACAUUAACGACACGUGUGUGCUGGGUAUGUCCCAUAAGGAGGUGGUGGAGAUGCUGAAGGCCGUGCCCAUGGGCCACAGUGUGGAUGUGGUGUUGCGCAGAGGUUACCCUAUGCUUUACAAUCCCGACGGCUGCCCCAAGACCAGCCUGUCAUCUCCCUCUGACCCAGCUCCAGGCUCAGCCCAGCCACAGCCUCCUGCCGAGGGACUCUCCAACCUCAACCGCACUGUCUCCCUUCACAAUGGCUUCUACCCCCGCAUGCAGAAAGAGGCCCUGGAUGCUAAUGGAAAUGCAGCGGCUCCACCCUCUUACCCAGUGCCCAAUGGAAACGCAGCGAGUGGUGCUGUAGGGAUGGUGGGCAUGUCCUCCAACCCACCCCCAGCAAGGCCUGAGAGACUGAGCUCUAGCCACAGUGACACUGAGGUCAGCUCUGCUGUCACACGGAGAGCCUCCCUCAUCCGCACCUACAACAACAACACUCUCCCAGCCCCCUCUCUGGCCCACCAGAGCUCCAAGUCUUCCGAGAGUGAUCUCUCCAGUGGUACUCUGCCUCUCCCUCAGCCUGAAGUGGGCUCUGCAGCUCCCCCACCAGGUGCCCCCAACAGCCAGCGGCCACUCAUGCCUCAGACCUCGCUUGUGGUCUCCCCUCCAACAGAACUCCCGCCUUGCGGCUUUAACGGAUGCCCAGCUAAUAAUCAUCCCCCUCGUCCUCCCCCGAGUGGCCUAGGGUCUCCUGGUGGGUCAUCUGGGGCUGGUGCAGGGGGUGAGCUGGUGCCUGUGGCUCUGGGAAGGAGUGAAGGAGGGGGGAUGGGCUUCAGCAUAACAGCCGGCGGCCAGGGUGGACAACUGGCUCUGGUCAAGAGGGUGUGGGACAGACGGCAGUGCCCCUCACUUCAGCCCGGUGAUGCCAUCAUCAAGAUCAAUGGUGCAGAUGUACAGAGCCUCAGCUUCGCGCAGGUGCAGAGAGUCCUGCAGGAGCAUACCAGACAAGGAGAGGUGGUCUUACUGGUUUACAGAGGAGGAUCUGUAGUCUCACCUGUCUCCCCAAACUACUACAAGACUGUCCCUCCCCCCCAAGGCCCCCCAGACUUGACCUCCCCCUCUUCAGAUGGCCCCACAACCAGCCAGAGCACCCUGUCCCCGCAGUCACCAUCUGGUGAGCUUCCUCCACUGGUUCAGAGCACUAGCUUUCUGGACUCAGUACCAGUGACCCUGACCAUGGAGCCCAGAGACUGGAUGGGGGUGGAGGACAUGUCUGCACAGGGUCCCCGCACAUCAGACCCCGCCCUGGGAGCAGUGUCCAAAACUCCAGCAGACGGGAGAGGAGCAGGACUUCCCAAAACUCUAGAGGUAGAGCUGAGGAGAAGGCCGGCAGAGGGCUUUGGGUUCGUCAUCGCCUCCCAGGAUGUCAAGAACGGAUCCUCGUCGCUCUUCUCGCACAGGUUUGUGACAGUGCGGCGGGGCAGUCCAGCAGCACGGAGUGGUCAGAUCCAGCAUGGUGACCAGCUGGAGGCAGUGGAGGGCAGGUCUGUGGUGACACUGCCUCACAGAGACCUGGCUCAGAUACUCCGGAGAGCAGGGAACACACUGCGGCUCACCAUCAUUCCACGCUCCAACACCAAUACCUCCAAUCUCUCAGAGUGCACAGACUUUGAUACAGAAAGCAGGUUAAGAAAAGGGCCAAGAUCAAAACAAAAGGACCCACGGUAUUACAGUGUGGAUUUGGAGCGAGGUCCUACUGGUUUUGGCUUCAGUCUGCGAGGAGGGAGUGAGUACAACAUGGGCCUCUAUGUGCUGGGCCUGAUGGAGGGGGGUCCGGCGUCUCGCAGCCAGAAAAUACAAGUGAGCGAUCAGCUGGUGGAGAUUAACGGGGACAGUACAGCAGGAAUGACUCACAGCCAGGCUGUAGAACAAAUCCGCAAAGGAGGACACCGAAUCCACCUGGUCCUGAAGAAGGGCAACGGCUAUGUCCCGGACUAUGACCAUGAAGGCAGCGCAGCCUCCCCCUCCUCCCUCUGCUCCGAGGAGCCGGGUGUGGCUUCAGUAGCUUUCUCCCUGACGAAGUGCAUCCAGAAGGAGGAUGACAGAGGAGCAGAGAGAAGAGAGGGACGGAGGAAAGGAGGUGGCAGCCGAGGAGGAGCGGAGUGGGAGGAGAGGAGAGGUGCUCCUGACAACGAGAAGGGCGGGGCCGAUUCAGCCAGCGUCACACCGAGCUCCCGCUCAGGGAGGAAGAGAGAGAAACAAACACAGAGUUUAACCAAAAAAGCUCCUAGUGGUGCAGCAGAAGAGGGGGGGGAGGAGGGGGUGCACAGGGGAGGGAGGGAGAGGAAAAGGGAGAAGGAGAAGGGUAGGGGUUCUGUUGACAGACUGAGCAAAGAGAGAGGCAGAAGUAUAGAAAGAGACGAAAAAGAGGAGCGAAAAAGUUCCCGUUUAAAGGAGGAGGAAGGAGACAGGCCAGAGUCAAGAAGCGGUAGGGAGAGGGAUGAAAAAGGAGAGAGAAAAAGUAUCACCACUGACCAGCAUGAGUCAAGGGGGAGAAGUGAAAAGAAGGAGAGAAGAAAGGAGAGAAAGAGGGACAAUGGCAACAUUACUGCAGAUGAGGUCACAGAAGAGGUCACUGGAGUCACUCAGAGGCCACCCUUCUCCUUCCUCAUGCCUUUGGAUGAUAACGCUGACCUGUCCGACGCCGACUCAACGUUCAGCUUUUCUGAGGUCAGCGUGUCGGCAGCCAGCAUCUCUAUGGCCGGGGCGCAGUGGUCCCUGGACCCCAGCGACCUCCAGGAGGCCCCUGCAAGCCCAGGCCUUUCCCCCGGACCCUGGCUCGUCCCCAGCCCCUACAAACUCUCUCAGGUUUUAGAAGGAAACAGACUGAGCCGACGUGAAGGAGGGCUGUGGUUCUGACGAACUCUCUCUUUCUCACUCUCACACACACAUAUGCACCAUCAGCACCAUCAUCACCAGCCCCCUCUCAUCUUAAGAAAUAGCCCACCUCUGUGUCCUGGUGUUUCCAUUGUCAAGACAUUAACAGAAUAUGCAAAGAAGAGAUACUGGAUUCCAACCACUGCGCAUGUCUCCAGUCCAGGCCAAUGCAAAAUGUUGUUUUAUCGCCACCUAGUGGCCACGGAAAGGUAAAGGAAGGAGAGAGCAUGCAGCCAUCAUAAGAUGGUUCUGAUUUGCUGAAACUGCAAGGCAAGUUUGUAGAUGUGUAUGUGUGUUCAUAGUGUUGUUCAUAGCAUGUGUCAGUUAUUUUUUUUUCUAAAAUCAUUUUACCAUUGGUAUUUGUAUAAUUUUGUUUUUUCAUUUAUUUUCUUAUGAAUGCAUUGAGAUUCUAUAACAAAACAGACAGAAAAAAGAGAAAGAUUUAUUUAAGAUUAUUUUGAUUAGCUGCUUGCUUUCUGUGACCGGACUGUAAAGAAAAACCCCUCUCCCCUGCCGCCUGUGGUGGUCUAGCUGUCCGUGCUGGGGAAAGGAAGGUGAAAGAACUGUUUUAUUACAAGGCUAGCGAGCCAUCUCAGACUUCUCCAGGUGCCUUCUGCUUCUUUAGCCGGUGUUUACCAAAAAUAUAUAUAGAUAUAUAAUACAAAAAGAAAGAAAAUAAAUAGAGCAAAGCAAGAAAAGAAUAAAGUAGUGAAGUAUAGGGUGUGCAAUUCAGCAUUCUUCUGCCUCUUGAAUUAUAAAUCUUUGCAAGACUCAGUACACAAGACAGAGGAAAACUAAAAAGAAGAAGAAGAAGAAGAAGAAAUACUGCGCACAUUCUGCAAGCGGUCAGCGAGUCAUUACAAGUGCCUCAUGCGAUAUUCCUUUACGUGAAAACACUAGACUUCCCUUGAGAUGUCUGAGUGAAAUCAGGACCCCAGAGCUUUUUUUGGUUUUCCCAUGCCAUGCUUAUGAUUUGAGUUUGAGUUCAGAGACAAACAUUUCAGCGCAUUUCAGAACUAAAAAACAACGAAAACGAAGGCCAAUAAGAGCCCACCUCACUCAGUCCUCCACCAAUCUGCAUGAAGAUUGCCGUUGCCACGCCUACCACUCAAUCUCUAGCUUCACGUGGAGUUCUCAUUUCAGGAGAUUAAAAAAAAAAAAAACAAACAAACAAAAAAAUAAGGGCAUUUUGAUACUGGUCUUCUAUGCAUUUUGUAAGACUUACUGGUCAAAAUUCUGGUGGCGUUUUUCUACCGAGGCCUGGAUAAGGAAAUAUUGUGUACUGUUAAAGCGCAGGCGGGUUGCUGGAAUGUAACUGGCGUGGAACAAAAACAAAAAAAGGGAAGACUUUCUAAGGUCCUUAAACACACUGUAUGUCCAAAAAUGUAGACACCUGCCACUGCAGCCUUUCCACUGAAAUCUGAAAUCCAGGAUGUUGAUAGGGAGUUUGUUCCCCCUUCUGCUCUUCUGAGAAGUGUUGGAACAUUGCUGUGAGGAGUGGAGCACACGGAGCCACGAGAGUAUUAGAGAGGUCAGAUAAUUGGUUCUGGAUCACAAAUGCCACUCUAUCUCAUCCCAAAGGCACUGGGUGGGGCUCCGUCACUCCGUAGUAGGCCUGCCACAAUUAUUGCGUGAAAUCGCGGUUAUUUGGGAUGAUGGCAGUUAUUUCGACUGUGUUCGUUUUCCACAGUCAGCUUUUCACAUUCAUGACAAAAAAGCAGAACGUUAAUUGGUUAAUUGGUGUUCAGGCAAAUAAAUGUUAAUAAAAGAAACUUCUAACUAGGCACUUCAGCAUAUUUAGAAAGAAGUGACAGUUGGCUUAUUUGUUAGCUAACAGUUUUAGCAUGUAUGCUAGCAUUCAUGUUAGUUGUUUUUUUUUUUUGUUUUUUUUUGGGUUUUUUUGCUUGUAUUUUCGCUCUCUGCUAAAUUUUAGCUUUACGUGCUGGAACAAGAAUUCAUUUAAUUUUUGGUUUUGAUGGCACUUUUAACUCAAAUAUGCUUAAUAUGCUUUAAUAAGCGUAAAUACGUUUAAAAGGGACAAACUGGGUAGCUGUCUAGCUAAUUCUAGCAGUCUUAGCAUGUAUGCAUGAGCAUUUUUUACUAAUGUUUUCACGCUAAAAAUAGCUCUGCUAAAUUUGACCAUUUCAUGCAGAUUACUUCUAACUUGGCGCUCGAACAAGUGUGGAAGGCAGCGAUCUUUGUUUAUUUGCUAGCUGUAUUGCUAAUUGAGAUUAAUUCACUUGCUGGAAUUAAAAAAAAAAUAUUUUCACUCAAGAAAAAAAAUCCAUAUUUGCUCAAUUUUGGCUAAAAGCUAGUUUAUUUUUCAUUAUUAUUUAUGGGUUUUGUUUAUAUUGGGUGCUUCACCACUCAAACACAAAGAGUUUUUUGCCUUGGUGCAGGAAAUAUGUUCAUUUGUUAGCUAUCUAGCUCAUUCUAACCAUUUGAGCAUGUACGCCGGCCGUUAUUAUGAUAAAUAUCCAUCACAAUAUUUCACAGUAUGCUUCUCUGAGCAUAUUAUAGAUAUUGGUAGUAAUUAUUAAUCACUUUCCAACUGCAUGUUUGAUUAAAAAGAGAGCAUAAAUAAUACGGUUUAAUUGGAUUUAGUACAGCAAAGUGUGUGAAACGUUACAUACAAAUAACUGAAAGCUUCAUAGUUUUUGAUGAAUUGAACAAAAAACAUAUUGUGAUAUUACAUCUUGCCAUAUCGCGCAGCUCUAGCGUGCAUGCAACAAUACAGGGUAUCAUUCCGAGUUAGUACAACCAGAGAAUGCUGUUACACUGCUCCACAGUCCAAUACUGGGGGGUCUUUUUACCCAUGCCCUUCGGCUCAUAUGGGGCUGCUCCACAGCAUCCAGUGCUUUCCUAUUGAGAUUAUACUAAUUAUGCGUGCGCAAUUGAACAACUAUGUCAGCAUUGGGUACACUGUAAAGUAGCUGAGGCAUGUCUGGACACUUUUGGACAUACAGUGUUUCAAAUAUACUGCAACACCAGCUUAUGCAUCUCUCUUUACCUCCAACUGUCUAAGCAAUAAGAGGACAUCACCCUCUUCUUCUGUUUCAGUCUACACAGCAUAGCUUUACCCAAGCAAUUCACAACAGAGCAGUAUCUGGAAACGGUAGAUAAUCUCUCAGCUCUUCCUGAAGAAAAGCCAGGCGAGUAUGUCAGUAUACAUUUGAAGCUACUUUGGUAAAUGCUUCUGCAGACUGUGCCAUGUCUUUCACAUGCAAUAGCCUGCAGUGCUAAGCACUUAUCCAAGUCUGCGUUAUAAAGAUAUGUUAAGCGUACUAUGAGUAUUAUAACAAUCUCAACAUAGCAGCCCUUCAACUGAAGAUUGAAGAGCUGUUCGAGUUCGCCGUCCUGAUGGAGUCCUCAACCAGCCUGCGUGUAAAUGUUGACUUUGUAUUUGAUAACCUAAAAGGGCAAAACAUGACAAAAUGCAUCUAAGCGGUUUGGGAUGAGCAAUGUAAACAUUUGGUAAGAAUUUUUUUGUUCCUUCACUUUAAAGAAAUUAACUGUAGCUAUGCCUUCACUGUAGCAGAUCUUCGGUGUAAAGCGAGACCACUGUACAGAGGAAUCCCAGAAAAUCUAUAGACUUUAUACCAGAGAAGAACGUUAUGAACCCUGUUGUGACGCAUCAGCCGCCGACAUAUCAGAAAUUCUAUAUGUAGCACAGUAAAUUGUAUCAUUCAAGGUAUGUCCACAAUACUGUCUCUUAUCAGCACUACUAUGGCACUUAAAAAGAGGUUAUAGUGCCAAAUGGCUUUGAAAGAAGCACAUAUGGAAAAUUUGAUUUUGAAGAGAUAAAUAUUUCAAAACUGCAUGACUGUUAAAUGUGCCACCUUAUAGAAAAGGGCCCAUUUUUUUUUCUUCUUUAUUUUGUUUUUAGUUUCUUAUGGGUAUCUUAAGAGUAUGAUUUCGGUCGUAAUGAAAUGUGGUGAUAGUGCUGAGCUUUUUUAGGCCCUCUUACCCUGUGAAAAGAAAAAAAAAAGCUGCUGGUCGCAUGGUAGUGCUUUUUGUAUCAAACGGUAGGCCUGACAUCAGGCAGCAGGCUAGCAGUCUUCACUUAAACCCCCUUUUUUUGGCUUUAAAACAUGACAAACUGCUGAUUCCAGAGGCAUUCAAGGCAAGUGGUCACCCACGGUGCCAUGUAUGAUGUCUAAAAUGAACAUUUUGAAUAGCAUGCCCACUAAACACUUUAUAAAAGUUGUUGGUUGAUGUUCUCAGUACUAUAGCGAAGCCUUCACUGUAGCAGGCACAGCUAAGUAGUCCCUUAGACUAGGUUUAAAAAAGAGAAAGUCAUACUACAUGGAGCCAUAAUAUGAGCCAAUCAGUAUAUUACUAUGAGAUGCAAUGUUUUGAUACUGUUACUUAUGAGCUCAACCUACUAGCAGUGCAACUGCGCUAUUGAAAUACUACGUAAUGAUGUCACCCACUUUCCCUUUGCAGAAAAGAGAACGGAAAGGCCUUUUGUUCUUGUACGUUUUGUAAGUCUCAACACUUGAAAUGUCAAAACAUGAAAGGCAAGGUUCAGCUUUGAAUUUCAACUUGAAUUUAUUACGUUCGCCUUGUAAGGAGUCAGCCAUUGUACAGAACGUGGAAGAGGUUUAUACGUUUAAAAAAAAUUUAAAAAAAAGAGGGAGAGAGAGAAUGAAACAGUGCCAAGAUGUUUUAAAGCGAUUGAUGUUUUCUUUUCCCAAGCUAGGCUGUACAUAGAGUAGACAGUAGUUAGAGAAGUAGCGAGAACAGCUGGGCAGCUAAGAGAAAGGUGACCAAAGGAGAGGGCAUCCUGAGAGAUCGAGGAGGAACCACAGCCAAGUUUUGUUGAGUCGUGAUGGUGCAAAUAAGCACCCAUAAAAUCUAUCCUGAAGGUCUGGUGGCUGGAGGCAGCAACUUUAGCAUGAUUUCUAACACGCCUGCAUGCUUGAUUUAGCACACCGCUCCCAGUCCGCUGCUCUUGAGAUGGAGUAGAACAUAAAGAACAUGGCAGAGCGUGUUCUCUCAGCAAGACGGAACGUUCAGUAUUCAUUAGGGGAGUACAGAUGGACUCUUGGGGCGAACACCUCUCUUUAUGAGCGCUUACUCUUAUAUUCCAAACCAUGGCCAUAACUGUAACCUUAACCAGCUCAAAAGUAGAGCUUCAUGGCUUCCUUUAUAACCACUGCCCUCUCCUUUAUUUUCUUUCUCCUGCUUCAGGUAGACAGAAAAAGGAGGUAGGCAGUUUAUUAUUGUUCUUUUUUUGUUGUUCUUUCAUUCCUUUUAACCAGGUCUCGGAUUCUCUCCUCCAGACUUGAAGCCGAACAAGUAGCCAUCGUUCGAAUGCUGCGGUUAGCAGCAGGAACUUUGACUAUGCCUGAGGGUGUGUACAUAGCAGUCCACACGACACUUAAUAAUACAGAUGUACAGGUUUUUAUUCGUUGCUCUUGAUAUGUAUGAAGAUUACUGUAUUGUUUUUGAAUGCAUCAACAGGGAGUUUUGAACUAUGAAUAAUGAAAUAAUGACAUGCAGUUACUGAAAUAAAGUGAUUAAACUGA